CCCCAGGAAGCAUGCUGCGCCUACGUCCUGAUCGUCACGGCGAUCUACUGGGUGUCAGAGGCCGUCCCGCUGGGGGCCGCUGCCCUGGUCCCGGCCUUCCUCUACCCCCUGUUCGGGGUGCUCAAGUCCAGCGAGGUGGCAGCGGAGUACUGUAAGGACACCACCCUGCUGCUGAUGGGGGUGAUCUGUCUGGCCGCCUCCAUCGAGAAGUGGAACCUCCACAAGCGCAUCGCCCUGCGCAUGGUGAUGAUCGCCGGGGCCAAGCCCGGGAUGCUGGUCCUAGGGUUCAUGUGCUGCACGGUCUUCCUCUCCAUGUGGCUGAGCAACACCUCCACCACGGCCAUGGUGAUGCCCAUCGCAGAGGCCGUCCUUCAGCAGCUGAUUGGCACCGGCCUGGCCGACGCCCACCUGGACUCCGAGGAGACGGGCGACGCCCCCUACGAGGACAGCGCCGCCACAGGCAAAGAAGAAAAGAUCGACAAGAAUCAGCUGGAGAUACUAUACCGUGACGACAGUGAUGCUGCCGGACAUGACCUCUCUUCCCUGACGGAGGUGAGUGUGACCUUUGCACCCCAGGUUCACAGCGCGGAGAGCAACGGCAUGAAGCGUACUCGGAGCCCGAGUCAGGCCUUCGUUCAGCAGAGCAACGGACACCUGCCAGAGGCGCCCCUCCCGGUGAAGCGGGUGCGGGCGCGGCGGGACUCCCAGUACCCGACCAAGCGGGACCACAUGAUCUGUAAAUGUCUCUCGCUCAGCAUCACGUACUCGGCCACCAUCGGCGGCCUCAUCACCAUCACCGGCACCUCCACCAACCUCAUCUUCGCCGAGCAGUUCAACACGCGGUACCCCGAGGCCAAGGUGAUAAACUUCGGGACGUGGUUCGUCUUCAGCCUGCCCAUCGCCCUCGUCAUGCUGGUGCUCACCUGGCUCUGGCUGCACCUGCUCUUCCUGGGCUGCAACUUCAGAGAGACGUGCUCAUGGAGUAAGAAGAGGAAGACGAGGAGAGAACUCGACUCAGAGAGGAGGAUCCAGGAGGAGUACAUCAAACUGGGGCCCAUCAGCUACCCGGAGGUGGUGACCGGGGUGUUCUUCAUCCUGAUGACGGUCCUGUGGUUCACUAGGGAGCCCGGCUUUGUCCCAGGCUGGACCUCGCUGUUUGAGAAGAAGGGCUACAGGACGGAUGCCACCGUGUCCGUCCUCCUGGGCUUCCUGCUCUUCCUCAUCCCCGCCAGGCGACCCUUCUCCUCUUCCUCCAGCUGGAGAAACAGAGACGACGUGGACCCCGACCCUCUGGCCCCCAUGAUCACCUGGAAGGACUUCCAGAAGCUGAUGCCCUGGGAGAUCGUCAUCCUGGUGGGGGGCGGCUACGCACUGGCCGCCGGCUGCAAGGUGUCGGGGCUGUCGGUGUGGAUUGGCAGGCAGCUGGAGCCAAUGAGCGGGCUCCCUCCCUGGGCCGUCACGCUGCUGGCCUGCCUCCUGGUCUCCGCGGUAACCGAGUUCGCCUCAAACCCGGCCACUCUGACCGUGUUCCUGCCCAUCCUGUCUGCACUGUCAGAGACCCUGAUGAUCAACCCCCUCCACUGCCUCAUCCCCGCCACCAUGUGUGUGUCCUUCGGCGUGAUGCUGCCAGUGGGGAACCCCCCCAACGCCAUCGUCUUCAGCUACGGCCACGUCAAGAUCAGCGACAUGGUGAAGGCAGGCUUCGGGGUGAACCUGAUCGGCGUUGCCGUGGUGAUGCUGGCCAUCUCGACCUGGGGGGUCCCCCUCUUCCACCUCUCGGAGUUCCCCGCCUGGGCGCUGGCCAGGAACACCACCAUGCAGAGCUUAUAACUCCAGGAGAGAGAGAGAGAGAGGGAGAGGGAGGGAGGGAGAGAGAGAGAGACAUUGACAAGAGUUGGAUGAAAAAUGAGCACAUACAACGUAGAUCUGCUGCUAUAGACGAGACCAAGGAAUGCAAACAUACACAAAUACACUUUAGACUGAGUUAUUUUGCAUAACUAGCGUUUCUAGUUCGCCAAAAAGCCAAACUGAUGGUUUUUAUUUUUGUACUCUUUAAAAUCGUCUGAAAGACGCCUAAGAUCAGAAUCAGCCACUAGGGGGUGCUACAAAGUGGAUUUAUUUUCUAUGGCGUUGUGCCUGUUUCGAGAAUCGACAAUCAUGCUGCCAAUUCUGAAAUUUUAAACACUGUUUGAAGAAUUACGUUACACUGACAGACCUUAACCUUAAAACCAGUGUGCCUGAGAUGGAAUAAAGUUUAAAGACGAUUGCACCAUGGUCGAUGCUGCUCUGAACAGAUGCAUGUGUGGACAGUAAUGAUGACCACUCAUUUGUAAAGGACUGUGACUUGCUUCCCUCAGUGCAAGUUGUAGAGGAGUCAAAGAUGGUAUACUAAACAGUAUAAGUUAAGAUCACGCACAGGUUAUAGUUUUCGGGGCAUUUGUCACUUUAAAAGACUCCAUCAUCCCUCCUGCCUUUAUGUUACAGGCUCAAUAGUGUUUUUUUGUAUAUUGUUUUGUUCAUUGUAAAACAGAAUCUGGUUUGAGAAGGUUCCAGUU